UGUCUGUUUAAACACCAGUAGGUGAUAGAAAACUCUUGAGAGCUUGCUCCCAGAAGAGGGCUUUCCAAAUUCCACUUUCCAUUCUUGAUUGCAGCAAAAAAGAUUGAAUCUUUGUUACCUCUUUGCCAAAAACUUUUGAAGUCAUGUCCAACUUCUCUCUUUCUCCUUUCCCUACUGCAGGUUUUAGCCUUAACCUCCAAAACCCUACUAAAACCUCCCCUUUUCACUAUCAUUAUCAUCAUCUCUCUUUUUCAUCUUCCAUUAAUACCAUUUUUGCUCCGUUAAGUUCCAACACAACAAAAAGGUUUUCUGCUUUGACCCACAAAGCAGUUUUGUCUAGAAAUCUUUCUUUAACAUGCCGCCAUUCAGAUUAUUUUGAACCCCAACAGCAACAGCAACAACAACAGCCACAGUGGGCAUCUAUGCCUAAGGUUUUUGUUGGAUACUCAAUAUACAAAGGGAAGGCAGCUCUCACUGUCGAGCCUCGGUCGCCAGAGUUCUCACCUUUAGAUUCAGGGGCCUUCAAGCUCUCAAGAGAGGGUAUGGUGAUGCUUCAAUUUGCACCCGCUGCUGGUGUUCGUCAAUAUGAUUGGAGUAGAAAACAGGUCUUCUCGCUGUCAGUGACUGAAAUUGGAUCUAUUAUCAGCCUUGGGGCAAAAGAUUCAUGUGAGUUUUUCCAUGAUCCAAACAAAGGAAGAAGUGAUGAAGGUAGAGUCAGGAAAGUGCUGAAGGUUGAGCCACUUCCAGAUGGCUCUGGUCACUUCUUUAACCUCAGUGUUCAAAACAAGCUUAUUAAUUUGGAUGAGAACAUUUACAUCCCUGUUACAAAGGCAGAGUUUGCAGUUCUUGUCUCAGCAUUCAAUUUUGUUAUGCCGUACCUUCUUGGUUGGCACACCGCCGUCAAUUCCUUCAAGCCUGAAGAUGCCAGUCGCUCAAACAAUGCUAAUCCAAGAUCAGGUACUGAACUUGAAUGGAAUCGGUAGUUAUGGUGAAGCUAGAGCACGUUGCCCGUACUAUGCUUGUGGGGGGCAAGAUGGUUCUUUUGACCCCUGGAUCGACAUUUUGUAUGAACCCUCUUUGACUUGCACCCUCCAGUGAUUUGACAAGGAGUUCUAAUCGGCGAUAGUAGUAUUAACUCUCUUCUGGUAAAUUCUGAUUUGAUGUAAGUUGUGUUGUGUUUAUUAUGUAGCCCAUAUUGCAGUAGAAACUCAUUAACUGAUUAUCUUGUUGAAUGUGAAAUCAGUCUAGUUGUUGUUAAUGUA